UAAUGGCGGAGUGGGUGUUCUGUAGGACACAGGGGAGAGAAAGAAAUUCCUAUUUUUGUUAUAUUUUUUGUAAAAGGAUGCCUAGAACAGUUCUCACAUAGCUAAAUAUGAGCUGGCUGCGCAACAGCCCUUUAAGGGCAAGUUUUGGGAAACGCAGGCCGUCCAAUUCACCACCGAAAGAUUGUGAUCCCACUGCUUGUUAUGAUAGUUUCAGAAAACAUUGGCAGCAAAUGUAUGAAAUCAUAGAAAGAACACAACCUCCUAAUGGUUAUCCUAUCCAGGAUGAUGUGGUGGGCGUUGUCAACCAUUUGGGUCAAAUGGUGACGCUUCUGCUACUAGAGUUAAGGACAGCAGGAAAUAGUCCAAGCAAUGAAAAUCACCAGGCUUGCCCUUGUUUGGACUUUCUCCUUAGUGAAAACUUGUUAGAAAAGCUGUUUUCAUGGAGUUUACACACUGGGAGAUAUGGAAACGCCAUCCGCUUGGAGCAGCUCAAGCUCUAUGAGUUGCUUGUCAGUCACUCUCAUCACCAGUUGCUAGUCCAUGAACCAUUCGUCCGCCCAUUACUUAAGCUUCUUACAUCAUGUGCUGGUGAAGUGUUCCCCGUUGAAGUGGAGAAAAGACUUGUUGUGUUGCUCAACCAACUUUGUGUCUCGCUGAUGCAGAAUACUGAGCUACUUGACCUCUUUUUCUAUGCCUCACCAGACCAGGGUCCGGCCAGAUUUGUGAUCUUCACCCUUCUGAUUCCUUUUGUUCACCGAGAGGGUGGCAUUGGUCAGCAGGCUCGUGAUGCUUUGCUGCUCUGUAUGUCUUUGUCCAAGAAGAAUGAGAUAGUGGGAUCAUACAUUGCAGAGCACUCCAAUGUUUGCCCAGUGCUUGCAACAGGGCUGAGUGGACUGUACUCCCUGCUCCCACGCAAACUAGCAAUAGAGACUGAAGACUGGCAUCGCCUUACCCCAGAUGAUGUGAAUGAGAUCAGUGAGCUGACAAUGUUCAUGAACUCCCUAGAAUUCUGCAAUGCGGUCGUUCAAGUUGCACAUCCUGUAGUAAAGAAACAGAUGCUGGAGUUUCUGUACCAGGGUUUUCUUGUUCCAGUUAUGGGCCCAGCACUGCUACAGGACUCUGUGGGACUUUCUCUUGACCGCUUAGAUUCACCACAAGAAGCGAGCACCGUGGAGGAACUGGUGACUGCCACUGCUUACUUUGAUCUGUUCCUGCGGAGUGUAACAGAACCUGGGCUCUUGUAUUCAUUCAUCCGCUUCUUGCUGACGGAUAAGUACGAUGGUGAGAGGAUCCUUGAUAGCCUUAUUCAAAGGAUUAACACCAAAUCACGGUUAUGUUUGGUGACCUUGGCAUUGUUCGAGACCCUAGUGGACCUUAACUGUGAAGACAUCAUGUUGGAGCUAGUUUUUCGUCAUCUAGUGCCGUGCACCCACGUGAUGUUGUCACAGAGGAAAAGAGUUCGUGACAUUGACCCUUACUGUCGUAGUUCGGACAAGUUUCUCUCUUUGUCUCCGGCGUGUUGCAGCUUGCCGCCUCCUGCCUUCCAUCCCCCAGCUGCUCUUGACUACACCCCACAUUCAUCAAUCUCAUCCAGCCCUUCCCUGCCAACCAUGCUUACCCUGUCCUCCCAUCACAGACGUAGUGCAUCCUUUUCUGAACAUCAGCCAGUAUCCUUACCGUCCACUAGCACACUGUAUGGUUUGAAAGCAGGUGAGAGCUUAUACGGAAAUUACCAUGCAUACCUGUGUGAAGCAAGGAGAAGAAUCAGAGAAUGUUCUGCUGCCUGUGGAAACUGGACCUAUCCAUAUGAUGGAGAGAAUCCGCCUCAUGACGCGUUGACUGCAAAGAGGGAGAACAGGACCUGUGAUAGUAACCAAAGUCAUUGUCAUCAAGAAGAUGUAAAUACAAGGGAACCGGUUAAAAAUGAAGGUGUUAAAGCUGUUAUAAAGAAAUCUGUACCUGACAGAGAGGAUCGAAAGAAUAUACCCAUGACAACAGAACACAAAGGGGGAUAUGCUAGCAAUCCAGUGUCCUUGAUGGGUGAUGCAUGCAAGACAGCCAUUGAAGAUGAAGAGAAUGCAGGACCUGCUGGCAAAAAGGCUGAUGUGAUGUCUGCAAUAAAGGAAGGUGACUCCGGCAGUAAUUCUGUUGAUACAGACAAUAACAACAGUAGCAACAAUGAUGUCGUGAAUGUUUCAUCGAAUUACCACAGUUUACCGUCCAUAGGUGAAAGUAGUGGCUAUGAAAGUUUUGCUCUUAAAGGCUCAGCAGAGUCUACGCCUGAGAACGAACCGUGUGACGAUCGGCAAACAGACUCUGAUCUUGGUGUCUCGAUGGACACAAGGACACAGAUGAGUGAAUCUAAAACUAAGGAAAAUGAUUCCUUAUCAGAGCUGAGGGAUGCAUCAAGAGAAAGUAGCUCAGAGGGAAGUGUCAGUAAUACAAGCACAGGCCUAUCAGACAAAAAUGUUCCCCGCCACCGACUAGGCAGUGGAAGUUCUGUUUAUUCACGAACAGAAGAUUUUUCAAAUUCGAGGUCUGAACUGUGGCAAUUUAGUAGGAAGUUCUCCCGAGAAGGAUCAUACCUAGACAUCUUCAAUACAACACCAGAUAUCGGUCCAUUCCUAGAUGUGAUCCUAAAGAAGCUGGAAGCCUUGAUGUCGAACAGUCUGUACAUUAACCUGCAUCUCACUGGCCUUAUCUCUCGACUCGCUGUUUAUCCCCAGCCUCUACUCCACUCCUUCUUGCUCAACCACUCUCUUGUCUUCCAGCCAAGUAUCCGCUCGCUUUUUCAGGUUUUGGGUUCACUGAAACAGAAGAUCGACCAGAACCUGGCCCGGCAACAAUGUAUUGAAGAACUGGUAGCGCAGGCUGAAGAUUUCCUUGUGGGGCGUGAAGACAAGCUGGUUAAUGCAAGGAAGCAUGCACUGGAAGCAUUAAAUCCAACAGUCAAUGUCAGUAACCCCAGCAUUAAUAAUGGCAGUAACAGUAGCAAUAACAGCAGUAGGAGAAGCUCUUUGGUCAGCGACCAGUUCUUGAGAGGGGAACCAAAAAGACGCAGUUUCUCCUCAGCAUUGUCGUCAGUGUUCCGGCGUGCUCCGCCCCAAACCAUUCGGGAGAGUCAGUUGGAGAAUUCAGGACCUGGGUCUGGUUCCUACAGGUAUAUAAAUCACUCUCUUCUUAUGUCGGAAACUGCAGAGCUGCGAAACAUUGUGAUGUGUGCUGUGCUUCUCAAUGAAUGGCUGAAGGAAUUAGCUGCAAUUACACAGGAGCAGGCUGUGGCUGAUAUAGGAAUUGGUUUACAUGAGUUUUGGUGAUCUCUUAUGUGAGGGCAUCUGCUGAAUUGAGAACAUGCGCGUCCCUGCGGCUUUCAUUAGAACACCUUUACCGACAGAUAGCAAGCUUUCCACCUCCUCCUUGCUUGGCUUAUUCUUUGACCCUGAAGACGGAGGUGACACAUUCCUCUGAAACGUUGGUUGACUUUCAACAGGCUACACAGCAUUAUAUUCCAGAAGAUAGAAAUCUUCAUGAUGAAAUUUUAUUAAAAGAAUAUGAUUGUCACCUGCACAUUGUUAUGCCGAUGUUUCAUUGUGUUUGAUCAAUUCUGAAGGGUUUUGAUGAUGGUAUAUUAUGCCCAGUAUUACUUGAUUUCUGGGCUUUGUCUGUUAUCUCAUAUUUUGAACAGAGCAUGUUUCAGGUGAAAGUAAGUGAAAGUGUGGGAAGAUACCCGUUCAUUUGUGGCCAUUAAAUACUGCUGAUCAGUCACUAGAUUGACCUCAGUCCUUUACAUCUGAGGCUGGAACAGAUAUAGUUUCUGGAACAUUAUGUUUUGCUUGAAAUACUAAGUGAUGGACAGAGUCCAGGAACCCACUAAUGUUGACAUGUAUUUAAUGUUUAGUGAGCUUGGAUAAUUCAGUGAAAGUGUGUUAGAGUGAUGACCAGAUCUAAUUAUGCAAUGUCCUUCGUUAUUACAUGCCAGUCAGGUACAGUUUUUUGUGACCCUUUUCAGGAUCUUGUAGUUUAUGGUCUUCCCUCUAAAUAUGGAAAAACAAUUACACCUGUAUAAAAGAAACAGUAAAGCGAUUGCUUGGAAGGUAAAUGGAAUAGUGACAAUUUUUUAGUAGAAUAGUAAGUUUAUUGCCUUACGUUCUCCACUACUGUACAGAAACAAAUAUGUGGUGGUGUCAAGGGAGAAUGAUUUGUAAGGCGAUUUCCAGGUGUUACGUCAUAGACAUUUCAUCCACUUUUACUUGUGUCCUGUUAAGGUGUCCACUUCUUUAUCACAUAUAUUUCAUGAUUUAUUUUUUUACUUGUAGUAGCACUUGAUAACUGGAGGGGCACGCGGUAGUGUAGUUGGUUGA